AUGCCCGCCUGGGAGGUCGAUCACACCAAGCAGAUGCAGCGGCUUAGAAAGUGGCGCAACAUGCUAGGUGGCGGCACUGCAGACUGGAAGAGGUUUUCGGCACGGCACCCCGCAAUGGUGAAGCGGCGAGUGAGGAAAGGCAUCCCAGACAGGUUGAGAGGUGUGGCUUGGCAGCUCCUCUCCGGUGGCCGGGAGCUCCUCUUGCAGAAUGAAGGGGUGUACGAGCGGCUGAUGCUGGCAGGCAGCAGUGAGAAGGAACUGGAGAUCGUGAGGGAUUUGUCAAGGACGUACCCUUCACACGUGUACUACCAGCAGCGGCAGGGGCCAGGGCAACGCUCCCUUUUCAAUGUGCUGCGGGCGUACUCAGUCUACGACCGGCAGGUGGGCUACGUACAGGGCAUGGGCUUCAUAGCGGGCCUGCUGCUGCUGUACAUGUGUGAGGAGGACGCGUUCUGGACACUCACCGCGCUGCUUAAGGGCGCCGUGCAUGCGCCACUGGAGGGCCUGUUCAGGCCGGGCCUGCCACUGCUGCAGCAGUAUCUGUUCCAGUUCUCUCGCCUGGUCGAUGAAGAGGUGCCUCGAGUGGGUUCGCAUCUGCGCAAGGAGGGCGUCCACCCCACCAUGUUCUGUUCGCACUGGUUCAUCACCCUGUUUGCGUACACGCUGCCAUUCGACCACCUGCUGCGCAUCUGGGACGUCCUCUUCCUGGAAGGUCCCAAGAUCAUCUUCAGAGUGGGAUUGGCAUUGCUCAAGACAGCGGAGGACACGCUGCUGGCAUUGCCCUUUGAGCGCUUGCUGACAGCACUGAAUUCAAAGCACUUCUCCGCCUUUUCGCGGCCCCCAGCUCAGCUGCUCAAACUGGCGCUCUCCUUCAAGGUGUCACGGCGAUUAGGGGCAUCUCUUGCAGAGUUCCAGAAACAGCAGAAGGAGCAUCCAAACGGGAAAGAUCCCCUAUGA